GUCAGUACGAAAAUGGUUUGUUUAUAUUUGCUGGGUGAAGAGACAGAAAUAGUGUUCAUUUACAUAUGAAGAGAAGAAGAAGAAGAAGAAAAAAAACGCAGAGAAUUUUUGGCACAAGUACACACAUUCACGUUUUGUUCGACAUACAGCCAAUAAUGAACGCAGUAUUGUGAGUCCACCACCAGUUUGCAAAGAAUGUCGAACGUUGCAUAGCACUAAAAUCGACCACACACUACACAGAAAAGAAGCGUAUUUCAACAUUCAACACGAAAAAAACUAAAACUAAAGAGGUGCACAAAGGAAUAAAGCAUAAAAUACAAACGUAGCGAAAAGUUAAAAUUUGUUGCUUUUUAAACUUGGCCUACACUACGUCAGUCGCUGUGUGUAUCGACUGUGCGUGUGAAUAAAGCGAAAAAAGAAUAGAAUGAACAAAAAUAAUCGUGUGUUUGGAGUUGUGUGUGAUUCACACAGUGUGAAUGUGUUUCAUAAUUAUUUGUCGUACACCGAAUUGUUGGCAAUUAGAUGCGAUUAAUCCGUGGACGCUUUGUUUUUCAUUUUCUGUUGUUUCAAUUUCGGUCGAUGUGAUUGUUUGCGUGAGCGCAAGUAACAAAUUCUAGGUUGGCUUCAGUUCUACAUCACAUAAUAUUACUGACUGGUCACCAAACGAAAAUGUCAAAAUCAUCACACUCAAAUCGAUUUAGAGGCAUUCAUAUGAUUUGUCAACCGAAUUGGAAUUAGAAAGAAACAAAAGGACUUAAUUGUAAAAAUCGGGUCUAAAUUAAUUUGAACUCUUCGUUGCUAUUCCAUUGUAAUGCAGAGAGAAUGAAUUAGAGACAAUAGGCAAAUGACACAAUUGAAAUUCAUGUGAACUUCCAUAUCGAAAUACAUUUUAUGACGACAAAGACGAUGACUACGAUGAUGAAGAUCAUUCAACGUGCAUAAUGUGAUCACGACGAUGCAAACAAUCGACGACCAAUGGCCGUGUAUCAUGUAAAUUAAAGCGUUAAAAAGCCACUUAGUUGCAUGUCCGAGUUCUAUUUUGCUGCAACGCACUUGAAUUGAAAUGAUUGUGUGUGCCAAGUGGAAAAUGUCGCGAGCGAGAGAGAGAAAAAGAAAGUGUUGAAAUUGACGUAAAAGCGAAACGAAUACGCUUCAUUCGUAUCGAAUUACAAAUUAGAGAAGCAAACGAAAAAAAAAAACAGGAAUUCCAAUUGAUUAAAUAGAGGAGAGACGAAUGCUACAAAAGAACAACGAAAAGACUGAAGAGGGCAACAACCACGACGACCCGUUAACUAAUUUUUUGUGUUACAGCUCUGCUCAUUUUGUGCGAAAUUCCUUUGUUUGGUGUUUUUUUGUGCGAAAAACGGUCGAACGGUCGCCACGGAAACUUGAUUAUUUUAUCAACUGCGCCCAUAUCCACUCACACAAACAUUGACUCAUUCACACAACACACACAUAUCUCGUUUGGCAAUUGUUGCAAUUUAAUGUGUAUUUUUUUGACUUGAAAAUUUGACGAAAAGAGAAAGAAAAUGAGUGAACAUUCGAACGAAAAUUCAUCGGCUGAGACGAAUGUCGAACCGACCGUCGAUCAAACGGAAUCAUCGAUCACAACCACAGCAUCGAUAGCCUCAUCAUCGCCGGCUACAUCACUUCAAUCAUUGUCAUUGGCCACCUCAGUGAAUGACGACAAAAAUGAAAAACUCAAAAUUACACUGGACAACCCGCUCAACACGUACUAUUCCGGUCAAACGAUCCGCGGUACGAUUUCGUUGAACUGUAAACAGAAGAAGAAAAUACGUGGAAUUUACUUUCGUAUCAUGGGAUAUGGCAAGUGUAGCUGGACGGAUUUAUUGCGGCGUGAAUCAGUUGCGAUUGAAGGCAAAGGUGAAAGAUCGGCCAUCAAAUACUCGGGCAAUGAAGAGUAUCUCAACUCAACUAUGUACAUUGUUGGCUCAAAAAAUGGUCCAUCAUUCACAUUACCGGAAGGCAUGACGAAUUAUGAGUUCUCAUUCAAUCUCAAAGCUGAGCUGCCGUCAUCAUUUUCGGGUGGGAGCGGCAAAAUCAAAUACAAAAUGGAAUUUGUGGUCGAUAAACCGUGGAAAUUCGAUGAAAGACAAACGGUUGUGUUGAACAUCGUUCAAACGGUGAAUUUGAAUUAUUCGCUGGGCACGUUGCAACCAUUUGAAAACCAACUGACACGAAACAUCGGCUACAUCGGAUCGGGCCCCAUUAGCUUACACAUUUUUGUGCCUGUUACUGGUUACGUAAUCGGUGAUAAGAUACCUGUACAGGCCAUUGUCACGAACCACAGCAAAGUGCAUGUGGAAAAGUUAAAGUUUGCACUGAACAAAAUCGUCGAUUAUCACAGCAAAGCACCUGGCUUGGCAAUCAAGAGAGAGAUACAUCGCCUGCUGAAGAAAGAGGCGGGUGGCGUUAGCAAAAAGACUGAACAAAGAUACGAACACAAAAUCGAUGUGCCAAUGACGACUCCCAGCCAGGACUCAAAGACGAGCCGAUUGAUCCAUAUCAAAUAUGAACUGAAAGUCGAAGCAAAACUCGGUGGUCUCUAUAAAAAUCUCAUGAUUACCGUACCAUUGACCGUUGGCAAUGUGCCACAUUCGAUAAAUGGUCGAGUGCAACCAGUGUUCCCGCAAUUGCCUGACUUACCACCUGGGCUAACGAUUCAACUACCACCGCACCCGGUUGGUUAUGACGUUCGCCGCCUCAGUAUGUCUUCAAACUCGAGCUUCCGCAUAACUUCCAAUUCAUCGCAUAGUGACAGCAACGCUUCGUCACACCAGUCUUCUAUGGUGCACGAUCAUUCGAAUUUAACGUUUCCAAGUUUGCCAAAUUCAUCGCUUGGUUCGACACAGGCCGCCAUCGCCAAUCUGUCGAGCUCAAUGCAAAACAUAUCGACCGGCAGCAGUGACUUUCAACCAUCUGCACCACCCAUGGAUCUCAAUACAGCGAAUGCUAGCAGCACACCCGUUCGACCGGCCACCGUUUACAUGGACGCUCCACCGUCAUACGACGAAGUCUUCGGCGCACCAUCCACUUCAUUCAAUCGAUCAAACUUCUCAAAUUCAUCAUUAUACAAUGCGUCAAUUGCAAAAACGUAACAUGGCAACCGAGUUCUGUGUCGGUCCCAUGAAUUGAAUCGAGUCUCAUUCGUUGGACGCCCCAAAACAAACGAAAACAGUGAUUUUUUUUUAUUCAGAUUUUUUUAUCACUUCAAGUAUAAUUGAACAAACAAUAAUUAUUGUAGCCAAAUAGAAAAUUUCUAUUAGAAAUGUGUCUGCUAUUUUCUGCUUAGCAAAAUGUAGUUAUGCCCAUGUUUAAAAGAUAUUUAUAUUGUUAUAUCUAGCCCAAUGUUGAGCAAAGCCGUUCUUGGUAUAGUUCUUUUUAUUUUUUUUUUGGAGGAAAUUGUGAAAACUGAGACAUUUUUAUCAGUUUGAUAAGAAAAGGGCUAUUUCAUGAACGGCUGUGACCAUAACGAACAAUGUUACUUGUAUUAAAACUCAUUGUAGGCACCACUAACUAAACUACACAACUCACUAUCGCACACUAUCCCAUAAUGAUUUUAAACCAUACACAUUGGUACUUGAGUUGACCUCUUGCCAUAUAAUUGUCAUCCAUCACCUACACAUAUGCACAAAUGCCCAACACGCGCAAAAUUGUCAAAAUUCAUCAAAUGAUUUUUAUUCACUUGAAAAUUCGAAAUUUUCUUUCUAAGUUUUUUCUUCUUGGAAACACAAACUUUAUUUAAAUACUCAUCAUUUUGAUCAAAACAAAUGUAAUAAUUCUUCAUUUUUAUCGAAGUGGUUCUAUUUUUACCCAACUCUGAGAAAAAUAUGAAACGGACUCAUUAGGGAUAAUCACAAGCCGAUAAACUGAACUCUUAAGCAAGACGGAUUAUUUGUUUGUUGUUUUUUUCUGAAUUUCAUGAAAACUUUUGGUUUAAUCAGUGAUUAUUAUAACUUUUUUUAUAACUAAAUAAUUCGAAUAAGAAUUUUAAAAGACAUUGCGAAAAUCAUGUCAGAUUAUUCAUUCAGAUUCAUUCAUAGACAUUGUGUGUUUUUCCCGAGAGUAUUUUAUUUUUAUUUUAUUUAUCAAUGUACUGAACAUGUACGCAAAAGUCUCUGGUAAGAGAGAAAAAAAAUCAUUUUUAUUUCUUGAAUAUUCUUCACAAUAUCGUUUUCCAUGACAUAGCUGAUUAAGUGGAAAUAACAAUUGAAAUUAAUUGAAACUGCCUUUUUGUAUAACCCAAUGCGUUGUCUAUCCAAACUAUUAAAAUACUGAAAUGUUUUUUUUUUAGAGAAAGCAGUAGAUUUUUCGCUUGUUGCGAUUUGUGCUUAACGCCAAAAUCAAUAAAAAAAAUUAAAUGGAAUCUUCCGUUUUUUUAAAUUAAGUUUUCAAAAAUAAAAUUUGUUUUGAAAAAUAUGAAAAAAA